UAAUAAUAACAUUAAUAAUAAUCCCCAUUUUAAAUUCUUUUUACCUUUUAAUUGUAAUAUUUUUCUGUAAGUUUACAUUUACAUUUAUAAUUAAUACCGUUAAUUUGAUAAUAACUUGUUGACCUCUUAUUUUUUUUUAGACAAAAAAAGAUCUCGGUAAUAAUAUAAAAAUAUCAAAAUGCAACAAAUUCUCAAAGUAUUUAUCGUGCUCGCUUUCAUUAUUGCUGUAAUAGCAACCCCAGUACCUAUUCAAAAACGUCAAGGUAAAACACCUAAAUGUCCAACACCUCCAAAAGAAAGUUCACAAUCAGAUAGUUAUCCAGUAUAUUCAACUGGCGAUGAGCUUAUGCCAACGAAAAAAAAAAUGCAACAAAUUCUUAAAAUAUUUAUUGUGCUCGCUUUCAUAAUUGCUGUAAUAGCAACUCCAGUACCUGUUCAAAAACGUCAAGGUAAAACACCUAAAUGUCCAACAACUCCAACAGAAAGUACAGAAUCAGAUACUUAUCCAGUAUCUUCAGAUGGUAAAGAACUUAAGCCAAUCAAUUGUCCGUGAUUGAAUAUAUUUUUGUAAUUAUAUGUACAGUACUAGUUGUAUUUAUAUAUAUAUAUGUAUAUGUAUAUGUAUAUUCUUUUUCUUUUUUUUGUUUUUUUUUGUGGAAAACUUAUUUUAAUAUUGUUAGAAUUAUAUGAAUUGUAUCAAAUAAUAAAUUAUUUUAGCCACACUUUGUGGCAUAAUUUUCUGUGU